AAUUCCAUAGAAACUCGCUCUUCUCUUUCUCUCUGGUGUUUCUUGCUGUGUAUAUAACAUAAACAAAAUCUGGAUUGCUUUGUUGGAUUCGAAGAAGUUACAAUAUAUUCUGGCGAUCGGGAAACUUCGUCUCAACUCUGAACUCUGAAGCAUAUAAUAAAAAUAUCUCUCUGUUCAGCAACUUUUCUGAACACAGGUUCCUGCUGUAACGCCUCCUGAUUGAGGAAGAAGACGAAGAGGAAGGAGGAGGAAGAGAAGCCAUCAGUGUCUGAAAAGUAGAAAGACUUUGACUGGUGACUCGUUUUCGACAAAUGAGUUACUCGAAGGAUUCACCUCGCCGUCCGAACGACGUAGAGGCGGGGAAUAGUCGCUCCGGCGACUCUGAGAACGGGGAGUGCUCGUACGAUCCAUUUGAUAUUUCCAGUACAAAAAAUGCUUCCAUUGAACGGCUCAGGCGGUGGAGGCAAGCUGCGCUUGUGCUCAAUGCUUCUCGUCGAUUCCGUUAUACCCUGGACCUGAAAAAAGAAGAGGAGAAGCAACAAACACUGAGGAAGAUUAGGGCGCAUGCUCAAGCCAUUAGGGCUGCAUAUCUUUUCAAAAAAGCUGCUGUGCCACCUGUGAAUGUUUCAGGGAUUCCAGCACCACCUCCAGCUGCUUCUGGUGACUUUCCAAUUGGGCAAGAGCAGCUUGCUUCAAUUUCAAGGGAUCAUAACAGUGAUGUCCUGCAGCAAUAUGGAGGGGUUCAAGGGCUUGCACAGUCGUUGAAAACCAAUUUAGGGAAGGGAAUUCAUGGUGAUGAUGGUGACUUAAUGAAGCGGAGGAAUGCGUAUGGGUCAAACAACUAUCCUCGGAAGAAGCCCAGGAGUUUUUUGAUGUUUGUGUGGGAUGCUUGCAAGGAUCUGACCCUGGUUAUAUUAAUGGUUGCGGCGGUGGCUUCAUUGGCGCUAGGAAUAAAAUCUGAGGGUAUCAAGGAAGGAUGGUAUGAUGGGGGUAGCAUUGCAUUUGCAGUUAUUCUUGUUAUUGUGGUUACAGCUAUAAGUGAUUAUAAGCAGUCUCUUCAGUUUCGUGAUUUAAAUGAGGAGAAGAGAAAUAUACAUCUAGAGGUUAUAAGAAAUGGCAGAAGAGUUGAGAUCUCAAUCUAUGAUAUUGUUGUUGGUGAUGUUAUACCUCUGAAUAUUGGUGACCAGGUCCCUGCUGAUGGAAUUAUGAUCAUUGGUCACUCCCUUGCAAUUGAUGAAUCAAGUAUGACUGGCGAGAGCAAGAUUGUUCACAAGGACUCAAAGGACCCCUUUCUGAUGUCUGGAUGUAAAGUUGCAGAUGGAAGUGGCACCAUGCUGGUUACAGGUGUUGGUAUUAAUACUGAGUGGGGGCUUUUAAUGGCUAGUAUAUCGGAAGACACUGGUGAAGAAACACCCUUGCAGGUACGCUUAAAUGGCGUCGCCACCUUCAUUGGUAUUGUUGGGCUAACUGUGGCUGCUGUUGUUCUGGUUGUGCUACUGGUCAGAUAUUUUACUGGGCAUACCGAAAACUCAGAUGGGAGCCCUCAGUUUAAGGCGGGCCAUACGAAACUUGGUGUUGCUAUUAACGGAGCAAUUAAGAUAGUCACAGUUGCCGUCACCAUUGUAGUGGUUGCAGUGCCUGAAGGGCUUCCUUUAGCAGUCACUUUAACACUUGCCUACUCAAUGAGAAAAAUGAUGGCAGAUAAAGCUUUGGUGAGGAGGCUUUCUGCCUGUGAGACAAUGGGUUCUGCCACAACCAUUUGCAGCGAUAAGACUGGAACAUUGACUUUGAAUCAGAUGACUGUGACAGAAGCUUACAUUGGAGGGAAGAAGACUAAUCCUCCUCACAACAAAUCCGAGCUCCCUGAUAAGUGCCGCUCUUUGCUUGUUGAAGGUGUUGCACAAAAUACCAAUGGCAGUGUUUAUGUACCUGAGGGUGGUAACAACGUUGAGGUCUCUGGAUCACCAACAGAAAAGGCAAUUUUGAACUGGGGAAUUCAGCUGGGGAUGGAUUUUGAGGCUGUCAGAUCAGAGUCAUCAAUUAUACACGUCUUUCCAUUCAAUUCAGAGAAAAAACGUGGGGGAGUUGCAGUGAGGACGCCUGACUCUAAAGUUCAUAUACAUUGGAAAGGUGCUGCUGAGAUAGUACUGGCCUGUUGUGCAGCAUAUAUGGAUGCACAGAACCAGUCAGUAGACAUGGAUGAAGAGAAGAUGACAUAUUUUAGAAAAGCUAUUGAAGUCAUGGCUGCUGACAGUCUUCGCUGUGUUGCCAUUGCAUAUAGACCUUAUGAAAUAGAGAAAGUUCCAACUAGUGAAGAAGAACUUGCUCGCUGGUCAUUGCCCGAGGAUGAUCUUAUUUUAUUGGCUAUUGUUGGUCUGAAGGAUCCUUGUCGGCCGGGUGUCAAGGAUGCAGUGCAACUUUGUCAAAAAGCUGGAGUGAAGGUGCGAAUGGUCACCGGCGACAAUGUGCAAACGGCAAAAGCAAUUGCUCUGGAAUGUGGAAUACUUGGUUCAUCUGCAGAUGCCUGGGAGCCAAACAUUAUUGAAGGCAAAAGAUUUCGGGAGUUAUCAGACAGAGAGAGAGAGGAUAUUGCAGAAAGGAUAUCGGUUAUGGGGCGGUCUUCUCCUAAUGACAAGCUUUUGCUUGUGCAAACCUUGAGAAAGAAGGGGCAUGUUGUUGCUGUGACUGGGGAUGGAACUAAUGAUGCUCCCGCAUUGCAUGAGGCUGAUAUAGGUCUUGCAAUGGGCAUCCAAGGGACAGAAGUUGCUAAAGAAAGCUCUGAUAUCAUCAUUUUGGACGACAAUUUUGCUUCAGUUGUGAAGGUUGUCAGAUGGGGACGGUCUGUAUAUGCAAAUAUCCAGAAGUUUAUACAGUUUCAGCUUACAGUAAAUGUGGCAGCUCUUGUAAUUAAUGUUGUUGCUGCAGUUUCUUCUGGUGAUGUCCCGCUGAAUACAGUGCAGCUUCUCUGGGUAAAUCUGAUUAUGGAUACCCUAGGAGCACUAGCCUUGGCAACUGAACCUCCAACUGAUCACCUAAUGGAUCGAUCUCCUGUGGGCCGAAGGGAACCUCUCAUAACAAAUAUCAUGUGGAGGAAUUUGCUUAUACAGGCAAUAUACCAAAUAUCUGUUUUGCUUGUACUCAAUUUCCGAGGCAGGAGCCUACUGGGUCUGAAGCAUGAUGAUUUAGCCCAUUCUCUCAAAGUGAAGAACACUUUAAUAUUUAAUGCAUUUGUUUUCUGUCAAAUCUUUAAUGAAUUCAAUGCUCGAAAGCCAGAUGAAUACAACAUCUUCAAGGGAGUCACAAGAAACUACCUCUUUAUGGGGAUAGUGGGCAUAACUCUUGUGCUUCAGAUUAUCAUAAUUGAAUUUUUGGGGAAGUUCACCAAGACAGUCAGGCUUAACUGGAAGAUGUGGAUAGUUUCCGUCGUCAUUGGAGUCAUCGGCUGGCCUCUUGCUGCGGCUGGGAAGCUGAUACCCUUGCCUGAAACUCCCUUCAGCGAGUUUUUCACGAGAUGUUUCCGGCGAUGAGCAUGGAGAAGAGAAAGUGAUGAUCCUCCCUGCAAAUUUUGGUGACAUACUACUCAAUCACGCAAGUGCAGAUAGUUCAGCUAACCUGGUUUCAUUUUUUUUGUAGGGCUUUGGGUAUGUUAAUUUUUUUUCCCUUCAAAUUUGGAUAAGAAAUUGUUCUGAUUUUUAAGUAUUUAAGGCUUUAGGUGUGUAUGGAAUUUAAGUUGGUUUCUUUUUGUUCAACAUAUUUGAUACAUCACAUGUAGGACAGGUAGCUUGUUCAUAUUUCUAACCUUUUAUUUUUUAACCGUUGAAUUGGAAAAAACUGUAAAUGUGUGGAUCAUUCAGUCAUGAUUUUCCUAUUUUCACUUGCAU